CGUCUUGUACGUACGCGUGACAAAAACAAUCUUUGAGUUCUAUAUUUUGCAUCAACAACACAACAGCCGGAUCGAUCGAGUUGAUGCACGUCCUUGCACCAUACGGCGCCGGUCCGCCAUUAGCGCUAGUACUCAGCUACCUUGCAGGCCACCGAGAAAGCCAAACAGAGGCCGCCAGCAGCAUCGUCGUCCACGGCAACAACGUAGGAGAGAUGGACGAGGCGCUGUCGCAGAUCAGCGAGGCGUUCCGGCUGGCCGGGGAGUUCAUGAGCGAGCUCCCGGCGACCCAGAACGACCCGGCCUACCUCGCCGACCGCUGCCACGGCAUUGCCCAAGCCUACAACGCGGCCUUCCGCAUGCUGCAGCCCUACGGCGGUCUGGACGCCGGCGGGCCACUGGACUUCCUCCUCCUGCGCCGCAGCGCGGAAGAGGCCGCGGCCGGCAGAAGCCAGUUCCUCGGGGAGCCUCCAGUCCAGCAGGAGCCGUUCCACGUGGCUGGAGCCGAUGUGUUGCAGGGCGCGCGAGCGGUGGCGGGGGGACCGUUGAGGCGGCUGGCGUCGUCGUCCGGGUCUCCGCCGCCGGUCCAGCCACGGCAGGGCAGCGGCAGGAGGAGGAGGGAAAGUGGGCAGAGGCAGACGUUGAUGGUUCCCGCGCAGCGGACGGGCAACACCGAGCUGCCACCGGACGACGGCUAUACGUGGCGCAAGUAUGGCCAGAAGGACAUCCUCGGCUCCAGGUACCCGAGGAGCUACUACCGGUGCACUCACAAGAACUACUACGGGUGCGAGGCCAAGAAGAAGGUGCAGCGCCUGGACGAGGACCCCUUCACGUACGAGGUCACCUACUGCGGCAACCACAGCUGCCUCACCUCCACCACCCCGCUGCUCACCCUCCCCGCUGCCACGGUGGCCUCAACGACCAAUUCUCCAACCCCCACGUCUGCAGGCUCCCGCCUCGCCCCAGACCUCGUCAUGGCACACGCCGAGCAGCCGCGCUUUGCGGCGGCGCCGCUGUCCACGUCGAUCCACCUCGGCAUGAACUGGAUGCCGGCCAGCGUCCAGCAGGGCAUUGGGGCCGGCGCCGGGGAGGGGAUCAGCAGCGGCGCACAGAUGAACGUGUCGGCCGCAGGGAGGGACUCGGAUUACCCGGUGCUGGAUCUCGCGGAUGCCAUGUUCAACUCUGGCAGUAGCGGGGCCAGCAGCAUGGACGGCAUCUUCCCUUUUCAUCAGCGACGUGAUACUUAAAUUGAUUCUUCAUUCUAAUCUCGAUGUGGGGAAGCCACAUGAUCAGUACGUGAGCUUCCAGAUUAACUUGGUUUGUGUAUAGUUGUAGGUAAUUAAGGUGCAGAUGUUCAAGUUUUGUUUUCUCUUAUCAACCAAUAUUGGAGAACGUAUCAUUUAGUUCAUGGCUGCACAGGCUAAUAAAUGGGCUCGCAGGUAUAGUAUAGUAAUUGUAAGUGAGACCAGUAGGUCUCAAUUAGUUUAAUUCAUCAUAGUUACCUGAUUCGUGAUCAGUCUGGUUCGCAAUUUAAAUUCAUGAUUUGCACUUCAUCA